AAGAAACCCUAAUACCCUUCUCGAACAGCCACCAGCCCACCACCCACCAUCCAAAGCUCAUCACCCGAACAGCAAAGGAGGUCGCCGAACCCUUCUCCUCGCCGUGGUUGCCACUGUUGCCUGUGGAAAGGUCUACUCGGCCCACUUCUCACCGUUCGUCUUCUCCUCGCCGUCGAACGAGAUCUGGGUCGAGCUCGUGGCGUCGCCGUCGAAUAAGGUUGCUGGGUCCGUCAGUCCUCGUCCCUUCGAGCUCUCUGUCUCUCCAUUCGAGCUCACUUUCCUGUUCGAGCUCUCUCUCUGUCCAAGCUCACUUCCUUUCUCUCUCGUCGCCGGCGCCACCUCCAGUCCGCCACACUCCCAGCAGGCCAACACCGUCCCAUUCUGCGGCAGCCACCAGCGUCCAGUUCUUCUCCAGACGCCGCCGUCCUUUCUGCUCCGCCGUGAUAGUCUCCCUCAUCUCCGACGGUGCGUGCCCUUCCUCUCCCAGAGAUUGAAGCUGCGAGUUCCUCUUUCCGCCACUCCGCGAGCUCUGCCGUCGUCUUCUGCGUCUCGUUGCCGUCUCCUUCAGCACGACUCGCCUGCAGUUCCAUCCCUUCCGGCGUUCAGCUAAAGUAAUAAGAUGUCGCUGAGGCGUUUCUUGGGAUUUUCCGAUGGUGAGCUGAUGAGGUCUGAUGCAAAACCUUGCUCCAGGUUGAUGAGACACACUGCAGGGAUAUACAGUGUUGGUGGAGCCUUAGGAUUUUGGGUCCUGUGCCGAUUGCACUAUGGCCCUCGAAUUACAAUUCCCAGGAGUCUUCGUUGGGCAGCUUGUGGUGCUGUAACUACAAGCGCAAGCACAGCUUUGCUGGUUCGUUUAUUUAGUCCCGAGUGUGAACCCCAGAAUAUCGCUGCUUAUGACAACAAAAAGUAGUACUGGCUGUUCCUCUCUCUCUUAUUACAUAGAAAGCAGAAAAAAAAUGAUAUAUUUUGGAUGCUUUAAUGAUGGACUAGCAACAGUGAAUCACACCACACCAGUAACUCUUUUAGCAUCUACUUAGUGGAUCAGGUUACCGUUUUAUUGCAUUUGUAAGUUUUAUUGUAUGCCCUUUGAAUUUUAUCGUAUAACCAAUGAAGGUCACUUCAUAACAUCACAAGGAGUAAAUUAAGCUAGUUACUUACCA